CCAACGUUGCUGUGACGUUUGCGUAACGUGAUACGUGCGCUGGCUGGGGACAGUUUGAUAACCAUUUCCGCGUAUUUCUCGCAUAUAUCGCAGAGUUUCUCAAGAGUAGCAUGUUAAGGGAUUAAAUUUUGCAUAAAGUGCUAUUUGUAAGUUAAUAAAUAUACCCAGUGAAAUGGAACCAAACAGUGUCGGUCGCUCGAACUGGGCCAUAAACCACCGGGCGGAGGCUUUAGUGAGUAAACACAUGGCAGAAAUGGCACAGAGACGCUUAGCGGUGCCUGAGGAGGAUAUAAACCCUCUGCCCGGAGACUUGAGAAGGAGCGCAGAAGACAUCCCGGGGCGGGCUGAGGUGAAUUUCAGCGCGGACUCACAGUCCUACAAUCCUGCAGGAGUGGCAGAAAAGUUGAUGCACGAGGAUGCAUCUUCAUCUUCAGCUCCAGAGACAGCGGCCCAUAGGAAAAUCAUAUCCCUUCUUAUUGAGAUCAAGGAGGAGCAACAGAGGCAGUGGGAAGUUCUGAAAGACCUGCAGGCCAGGAUUUAUGGACAAAUGUGUGAAGAGGAGGACGAGCCACUUGACAUCGAUCUGCCACUAAGAACUAUGGAACAGCUUGAUGAAACAGAGCAGCAUUUAGAGGAUACUGAAACUCAGAGGAGAAUGGUGUCACACCUCUCAAGGAUGGGCGGAGCCACGGUGGAUGAUGCGGUCCGGCGUCUUAUGCAUGCUGUUCUCUCAUUCAGCGUGGGCUCAGAGCUCAACUGGGUUGGCAGAGGACAGAAACGGAGCUUCAGAAACACCAGACUGCAGGGUGUUUUAUUUCGUGCCUUGAAGAGGACACCCGUAGGAAAGGAGGCCACACACCACCAGUUUGCUGAUGUAGUGAAGAAAUGGUUGCGGUUUGCCCCUUUCCGACAAAGAGGAAGUGGACGAAGACCGCAGUGGAAACCCGUUGAGUUCAUCUGUCCCAAAUAUGUAGUCCCAAGCACUGUGGAGGAUCAUAACCAGAUUAACCUGGAAUCUGAGGAGAUUCAGGUCACAAUAUAAUUAUAUAAUUACACUCAGAGCUUGAAGUUGAGGGGAAAAAAAAAAAAACAUGUGAGAAGUGCUGGUAUGCUUAAAAUGUAGAAGUGCAUACCUGACCACUUUGAGCACUGAUUACACUAAAUAUUGUAUCACUAAAUGUAAAAAACAAACAAACAGGUAAAGUGAACUCCGUGAAUGAAGAAAUGACAAGUGUGAAGGACUGACUUUCAGAGGAUGAAUGUUUUUUUUUGUUUUGUUUUUUUUGUUUUUCAUAUUAUGUUCUUUUUAAUAUAAGAUUUUCUUGGCUAUCUUUUAAGUUACAUACUGUAAUUAUAUACUGUUGUUACAGUAAUAAACUGUUGUAAUUGCAGCAUAGAUCUUUAGAUCAAAUGUAAAACAAUCUGUUAUAUUGUUUAACACAGAUUGUUGAAAAUAUAUGUUUCUGCAAAUAUAUUUUAAAAAUAUUUGAAUAUGUUUCCAUUUAAACACUGAUGGCAAUUUAUUUUUUAAGUUUUGAAUUAAAAUAGUUUUGCAAUCCAUUUUUCAAGCUGGAAGUUAAGAAUUUUGUACGUUUUGCAUGGUUUGGUGCCAUUAAUAAGUUCAAACAUUAAAAAAUGUUAAUAAACACUACAACAGAAAAUAUCAGAGUGCUGUACAAAAAACAAAACAAAAAAUUACAUUUCUCAAAUGUAAUUUAAUGACUUUGCUUAAUAAAAUAAAUUCUUUUGGAAUUGUUCAGUGGUAAAUUUGGCAAUGUGAACCGUUUUCUAAGAACAGUUUCUAAGAAACACGUUUUAAAAAAUACCUGUGCUGUGUGACUUUUUCUGUGUAAUGCCACUCUUUUCAAUUACUUUCAUGUUACUUUAUGACAGUAAAGCGCAAGAUUAUCUUACUGAAUCUUCAGCUUUGGAACCCAUGAGUAUUCUGUAUGGAAAUAAUUAAAUGUGUGUUUUCACUAAUGGGCACAUCUGGCCCUGUGGACUUGAAGAAAAUAAAUUCUCUGCAAAAACA